CGCAGCCGCAGAAAGUGCGCAGUGCCGGUCCGGUGCUCGGUGCUGCUGACCUCUCCUAGUCCGGUUCUGGAUAUGGGAUGUAUUUUGUCCUAGUUUGGCCUUGAUUUAAUACGGUGUCGUACAUUAGUGCAGUGGACGCAGCGGAGAUCGUAACAGUUAAUUAUUAACAGAGGACUAGCAGCAGAGCAAGGUUUAACUUGCGGCCCCCUGACCUCCAUCAGAGCAUGUCCACAAUGGUUUACCCCCAUGAGGAGAGACUAGAGAAGCUGACGCAGGAGGAGAUCAUCUCCAGCACUAAACUGGUGAUUCAGGGUCUGGAAGCUCUCAAGAGCGAACACAACUCCAUCCUGCAGAGUCUGGUGGAGACUAUCCAGUGCUUAAAGAAAGAUGAGGAGGCCAGUUUGGUUCAUGAGAAGUCCAACCUGCUCCGCAAGUCUGUGGAGAUGAUUGAGCUGGGCCUGGGUGAAGCGCAGGUGAUGAUGGCCCUGUCCAACCACCUGAACGCAGUGGAGUCAGAGAAGCAGAAGCUGCGGGCUCAGGUGCGACGGCUGUGUCAGGAGAACCAGUGGCUGAGGGAUGAGCUGGCCAACACCCAGCAGAAACUCCAGAAGAGCGAACAGAGCGUCGCCCAGCUGGAGGAGGAGAAGAAACAUCUGGAGUUCAUGAACCAGCUCAAGAAAUAUGAUGAUGGUGUCUCACCAGUGGAAGAGAAAAAUAGUGAGACUCCCAGAGAUGCCCUUGACGAUUUGUUUCCCAAUGAUGAAGACGACCAGGGCCCACACCGGCACAACAGCGCCGCGCUUGCUGCCGCACAGCAGGGUGGGUAUGAGAUCCCAGCCCGUCUCAGAACCCUUCAUAACCUGGUGAUCCAGUACGCCGCUCAGGGCCGCUACGAGGUGGCCGUGCCUCUCUGCAAACAGGCUCUGGAGGACCUGGAGAAAACCUCUGGACACGACCAUCCCGAUGUGGCCACCAUGCUCAACAUCCUGGCUCUGGUCUACAGGGACCAGAAUAAAUACAAGGAAGCUGCUCAUCUCCUUAAUGAUGCCCUGUCAAUCAGAGAGAAGACCCUGGGCAAUGACCACCCAGCUGUGGCGGCCACACUCAACAACCUGGCGGUCCUUUAUGGAAAGAGAGGAAAAUACAAGGAAGCAGAACCACUGUGCAAGAGAGCAUUGGAGAUCAGAGAGAAGGUUUUGGGGCGAGAGCACCCAGACGUGGCCAAGCAGCUGAAUAAUCUGGCUCUACUCUGCCAGAAUCAGGGGAAGUAUGAAGAGGUGGAGUAUUAUUACUGCAGGGCUCUAGAUAUCUACGAGAAAAAACUGGGACCUGAUGACCCAAAUGUUGCCAAGACCAAAAACAACCUGGCUUCAUGCUAUCUGAAACAGGGCAAGUACAAGGAAGCCGAGAUCCUCUACAAAGAGAUCCUGACGCGCGCCCACGAGAAAGAGUUUGGAUCUGUAGAUGCUGAAAAUAAACCCAUCUGGAUGCACGCUGAGGAACGACAAGAGAGCAAAGGAAAGUUGGCAGAUGGGAAUUAUGGGGAAUACGGCGGCUGGUACAAAGCCUGCAAGGUGAACAGCCCCACGGUAAACACCACACUGAGGAACCUUGGUGCUCUGUACCGUAAGCAGGGUAAAACAGAAGCAGCAGAGACCCUAGAGGAGUGUGCCAUGAGGUCCCGCAAACAGGGAGCGGCAGUGGACCAUCAGAGAGAUGGAGAGAGGCGGAGGAGCACUGCAUCGAUCUCUAGCGUGAAGUACGAAUGCAGCAGUGACGCCGGCGAAGAGGGCAGUGUGGAGUGGAACGGGGACGGGUCUCUCAGAAGAAGCGGCUCUUUCGGAAAACUCAGGGAAGUCCUGCGCAAAAGCAGCGAGAUGUUGGUGAAGAAAAUUCAAGGAACAAUGCCACCAGAACCUCGCAACACAAAUAUGAAGAGAGCCGCGUCCCUCGGUUACCUGAACAGCAACGGAGAUGACAAUGACUCUUUUCAGGGUUCAGGAGCAGCGAGGACGUUGAGAAACAGCAGGCCUCUGAGCUCAAGCACAGUGGAGCUGUACAAAAGCACAGACCAAUGAAAAUACAUACAUGUUCUGAAUCAUUUCUCACUAGAUUUGUAGGAGGCUUUGGUUCAUGUGCUUUUAAUCAUUAACUUUUUUGGCUUUUUGUGGAGUUUACAUUCUCUCACGCUCGUAUAAAUCAUGCAUGUUUCUUUUUCUUUGAGUAAUAGUUCGUCCAGAAAUGAAAACUCAUCACUGACUUAUUCUCAUGUGGACCACAAAAACUAAUUUAACUAACAGCUCUUUUUCCAUAAAAUAACAGUGAAUGGAGAUGGGUGCCGUCAAACUCCAAAAACAACAAAAAGCUCCAUAAAAGUAACUACUUGUGCACUAAAUUCUUCCUAAGUCUUAUUGUACAGACCAAAACAUGGAAGCUUGUUUCUGCCAGGGGGUUAGGAAAAAAAAAAAAACUUUUUUUCUUGCAAAUCAGAGUUUAUGUCUCACAGUUCUGAGAAAAAAGAAUUGUAAGAUUAAAAAAAAAUAUAUAUAUAUAUGCAAUUACCUGUAGUGAACUGUUAAAUGUAAACUUGCAGUUUUUGCAAUUUUUUUUUUUUUUUAAUUGCAAGAUGUAAAUUUAAAAUUGCCAGAAAAGUCAGAAUUGUGAGAUAAAUGUUCCAAUUAACCUUGGUGGAAAAAAAAUUGAAUCGCAAAAUGUUAAUUCAGAAUUCUGAGAAAAAAGUCCAAAUUGUGAGAUGUAAAUUCAGAAUUGCAAGAAAAAAAAAAUCUGAUUUGUGAGAUGUAAAUUCUAAAUUUCAAGAAAAAAAGUCAGAAUUCUGAGAAAAAUAAAUGUUAGAAUUGCUAGAUGUAAAUUCAGAAUUGCAAGACACAAAGACAGAAUUGUUAGAUGUAAAUUUAAAAUUGCCAGAAAAGUCAAAAUUUCAAAAUAAAAGUUGCAGUUAACCUUGGCGGGGGUAAAAAAAACAGAAUUGUGAGAUGCUAACUUAGAAUUCUGCGAUAAAGUCUGAAUUCCGAGAUGUAAAUUCAGAAUUUCGAGAAAAAAGUCAGAAUUUCGAGAUGUACAUUGAGAAUUCUGAGAAAAAAGUCAGAAAUCUGAGAUGUAAAUUCAGAAUUCUAAGGAAAAAAAAUGUUAGAAUUGCUAGCUGUAAAUUUAAAAUUGCCAGAAAUUUCAAAAUAAAAGUUGCAGUUAACCUUGGCUGGGAAAAAAACUGAAUUGUGAGAUGCUAACCUCUGUGAUAAAGUCUGAAUUGUGAGAUGUAAAUUCAGAAUUCUGAGAAAAAAUAUCAGAACUGCAAGAUUUAAAUUCCAGACAGUGACAGAAUUACUUCUAUCUUCUGGUUUCUGUCUGCAGUGCUGCUGAGUGGUUUGCAAUUGUAGCUCGGUGUACCUUCGUUUUUGAUGAUGUAGAAACUAUGGACUCUCUCUUUUCUAGCACUUUAGAUAUGGUUGUGAUAUGGUUGGAUAUGAUUAAGGAAAACAGUAUGUGUCAAGAGGUAUAACUGUGGUGUAACAAGCACACUCGUGCUCUAAACAGCGCAGCCCAGAAGUAUUUCGUAUUGCAUGGCAUGAAUGUACCCUAUCCUACAGAAAAGCAUUAAAAACUGCUAGAUCAAAUUACUUUUCGUCUCUUUUAGAAGAAAUCAAACAUAACAACAGGUAUUUAUUCAACAUAGUGCCUAAAUGAAUAAAAAAAUAAUAAUUAAUUAAUACAGCACAGCAGUAAUGACUUUAUAAACUAAUUUACUUCCAAGAUUGAUACAAUUUGAGAUAAAAUUGUAACCAUGCAGCCGUCAACUACAGUACUGCAUAGGUGCGCUAUAGACCUCCUGCGGAACAAUUCCACUUAUUCUCUACUACAGGAGAGGAAGAUUUGUAUAAACUUGUUAAAUCAUCUAAACCAACAACAUCAAAAGUCAGAAUAAUGACAUAUAAACUUAAAA